ACACGCACUUCUGAUCUCUCAGGCAUACGAUGAAUGAAAUUGGUUAAAGUAGGUACCUAACACCUAUAGCAUUUCAUUUGGAUUUUCAUUCGCGACGAAAAAUACUUGAUAUUCGCACGAUGAUUGUGUUCCCAAGGAUACUUCUCUGUGCGUUAUUCAUUAUAAAAGUAACCAUUUCUUAUAAAGAACGGGCCGGAAAAAUAGAAAGCAAAUGCAAAGAAUACGUGAAAUAUGCUUGUGACAAUCCGCCCGCUUCAGCUACAAGUACGAGUAAAACACCUCCUAAACUUGACGGCAUAAUAAAUGGAGUAACAACGUCUUUGGAGAUGCUUCCUCACAUGGCAUUCGUGAAAUUGUUCAGAAAGGUGGAUCGCGAAUCAGAAGGCAUUUGGGUAAAAGAUUGUAGCGGCACACUGAUAAGUGACAAUUUCAUAUUGAGCGCUGCUCAUUGUUCACAUGAUGUAGUUCGUGACGAUCCAGGCAUAUUUGGACAAGUUAAAUUGGGAAGCGCGUCUAAAUCAUUCAUGGAUCGCACAGGUGCAUUGUACGAAGUUAUUGAAAUGUACGUGCAUCCCAACUAUUCGCCAACUGAUCAACAGAACAGAAAUGAUGUACUUCUCUUGAAACUCCACCGGAAAGUAAAAUUCUCUCCUUAUACAAGGCCAAUAUGUUUAAACACUGAGUUCCCCAACAAUCUAAGGAAAGCAAUCGUAUCAGGGUGGGGUGAAGAUGAAAAUGGAAAUUUUCCCGAAUAUCUCAAGAGUGCCUCGGUGUACAUUGACGAUGAAAUAGUCAAGUUGAAAUGUAACGUGGCUUUAGAGAGUCGCAGUUUCAAUAGCACGACUGAAAUAUGCGGUGGACACCCUAUAGACAUAACAGGCACUAGCACAGGCGAUUCUGGAGGACCAAUGCAGAUCCCUAUGAAUACCGGAUGUCCAAAUACUUAUGAACAAAUAUGUAUUUCUGCACGAGGUUCUAAGGAUUUCAAAAGUCCUAUGAAGGUAAAUAUUUUCACUAAAGUUGAACUACAUCUUCCGUGGAUUGAAAGCAUUGUUUGGCCAGAUGAAUAAUGUAAUUAAUACUUUAACUAAAAAAAUUAUUGAAGUACACGAAGAAAUAUAUUUCUACAUGCGCAAAAUUAUUAACUACAUUGUAUCAUUAUUGGCAGCGACCAUUCGAUUUUUGAGAUCUUGAUGCCACAACACGAUAUCAUUUCUGAAAUUGUGAAAACACUUAUAGAGACACAGAAGUUACCGAUUUUUAAACCGGCAAAUUAUUGAAAAUCUGAUCAGGGCUGGAAAACUGAAACUGAAACUGAAACUGAAAUUUUUUCAUUAUUUUUUCAGUUUUCAUUAUCUUUUUUUAGCCAU